AUGGCCGAAACCAAUGAUACCAUAGCUCAAUUGAUACAUCAACUUAAAGCAGGUGUAGUUAUGGUAAAACAUAAGGAUAAUGGAAAAAAAUAUCCUCGUCAAUUUUUUCUUCACGAACGUGAAGGUUACAUAACAUAUGAUGGAUCACGUAAAUUGAAUGGUAAACCACGAAUAUAUCGAGUAAAUGAUAUUGAUGAAAUUCGAACAGGAUUUGCUGCACAAACAUUUGAUGAACUUGUUCAACGUCGAAAAAUUAAAUCAAAUGAUCAUGAUCGUGCUUUUUCAAUCAUAUAUGAUAAUCAUCGAAAAGGAGCACAUUUAAUAGCACCUGAUAUGAAAACACGAGAUUUAUGGGUAUCAGGUUUACAACAUUUAGUAGAUCAACGUUCAAAUAAACGUCAACAUCAUUUAAUUGGAGAAGAAAAUUGGAUAUUAGAAUUUUUUCAUGCUGCUGAUACAAAUAAAUCACAAACAUUAUCGAAAAAAGAAUGUCGUGAUUUACUUUCAAAUUCUUUAAAUAUUGAAAUGCCUGAUAAUAUAUUUGAAAAUAUGUUUAAUAAAGUACAAAAAACUCAAUAUGAUGUUUUAAAUCCUGUUGAAUUUGUAACUUUUUUUAAAAUGUUAACACGUCGUAAAGAUCUUUAUACAAUAAUGCAAAAGUUUGUAAAAACUGGACUUCAACAAACAAUGGAAAAUAUCUAUAUGGAUAAACAUGAAUUAUUAUAUUUUCUUCGAUUAACAAAAAAUGAAAAUAUGAAACAUAUUGAUAGUUUAAAUCAAGCCCAAAAAGUAAUUGAUGAAUUUGAAAUGAAUAAUGAAUUUCGAGAAAAAGGUUUUUUAAGUCUUGAUGGUUUUCGAAAUAUGUUAUUAUCGAGAAAUUUUGAUAUUACAGAAUCAUCAUUAUCUCACAAAAUAUAUCAAGAUAUGACAAGACCAAUAUGUGAUUAUUAUAUUAAUACUUCUCAUAAUACUUAUUUAUUCUACAGUCAAGUAUCUGGUAAUAGUGAUCCAGAAGCUUAUAAUCGAGUAUUAUUAAUGGGUUGUCGAGCAGUUGAACUUGAUUGUUAUGAUGGUGAUGAUGGUAAACCAAUAGUUAAACAUGCUUUUACACUUGUAAAUCCAUGUUCUUUUGAAUCUAUUAUUCGUCGUAUGAAACCAAAUCUUUUUAAAGCUUCUCCUUAUCCAGUUAUUUUAAAUAUUGAAAAUCAUUGUUCACCAGAACAACAAAUACAAAUGGCUCGAAUUUUGAAAGCUUAUCUUGGUGUUUUACCAUCACCAGAAGAUUUAAAAUAUAGAGUUCUUGUUCGUAGUGCCGUAAAAUCAACAAAAAAUGAAAAUAAUCAAGAAGACAAUGAUGAACAUUCCUCAUGGAAUCCAUCAAAAAACGAUAUUGAACCGGAAUUAUCUGAACUAUUUGUCUAUUUUAUGAAUGUUCCUUAUAAAGAUAAUAAUAAUGCUAAAGAUGCUUAUACACCAUUUCAUUCAUCAUCUUUGGCUGAAAACGCUUUUUUGAAACAUGCAGAAGAAAAUCCACUUGAUUUAAUUUUACAAACAACAUGGCGUCUUCUUCGUGUCUAUCCUGGUGGUUUAAGACAAGAUUCAAGUAAUCUAGAUCCUGUUAUUCCAUGGAAUUUUGGUGUACAAAUGGCUGCUUUAAAUUAUCAAACAGAUGAUGAUAGGGUAGCAUUAUGUUAUGGAAAAUUUCGUGAUAAUGGUUGUUGUGGUUAUAUACUUAAACCAGAUUAUUUAAUUAAUGCACAUAAAACAAAAUUUAAUCCAUCGAAUUGUCCAAUUAAUUUUGAAAAUCCUCUAAUUUUAACAAUAACAAUAAUAAGUGGACAAUUUUUACCUCGAUCAAGUCUUACAACAAAAGAUAUACCUGAUCCAUAUGUAAGAAUAUCAACACAUGGUUUACUUUGUGAUCAACAAACACAACAAACACAAACUAUUGAUAAUAAUGGUUUUGAUCCAAUGUGGAAUGAAACAUUUGAAUUUCGUAUAAGAUUUCCUCAAAUGUGUCUUAUUUACUUUUCUGUUCUUGAUUAUGAUAUGAUGUCGGGUGAUGAUAGAAUUGCUUAUUAUAGUGCACCAGUGACAAUGAUACAACCCGGUAAGAUAUAGUAGAUAAGUUUUUUACUUUACAAAAAGAUUUAAUUCAUAGAUAUUCAACCAUUUUCCUAGAGAAUAUCUAAUCUAA